AAGCAGGACGGUCGGUGAUUGGCGGAGCUCUAGCUAUUUUUACUGGCAGCGGGAGCUGGUGUUGUGAGGCGGUUGGUGCUUGAGUCCACGGAAAGCGAAAUGGAGGGGUGUGUGUCUAACCUAAUGGUCUGCAACCUGGCCUACAGCGGGAAAUUAGAGGAGUUGAAGGAGCGCAUCCUGGCCGAUAAAUCCCAGGCUACCAGAACUGACCAGGAUAGCAGAACUGCAUUGCACUGGGCAUGCUCCGCUGGACAUACAGAAAUUGUUGAAUUCUUGCUGCAACUUGGAGUGCCAGUGAAUGAUAAAGAUGAUGCAGGUUGGUCUCCUCUUCAUAUUGCUGCUUCUGCUGGCCGGGAUGAAAUUGUAAAAGCCCUUCUGGGCAAAGGUGCACAAGUAAAUGCUGUCAAUCAAAAUGGCUGCACUCCACUCCAUUAUGCAGCUUCAAAAAACAGACAUGAGAUUGCUGUCAUGUUACUAGAAGGUGGGGCUAAUCCAGAUGCGAAGGACCAUUAUGAGGCUACAGGAAUGCACCGGGCAGCAGCCAAGGGUAACUUGAAGAUGAUUCAUAUCCUUCUGUACUACAAAGCAUCCACAAACAUCCAAGACACUGAGGGUAACACUCCUCUACACUUAGCCUGUGACGAGGAGAGAGUAGAAGAAGCAAAACUGCUGGUGUCCCAUGGAGCAAGUAUUUACAUUGAGAAUAAAGAAGAAAAGACACCCCUGCAAGUGGCUAAAGGUGGCCUGGGUUUAAUACUCAAGAGAAUGGUGGAAGACUAAACAGUUAGAGUUUGUUCUUUGUAUGUUUUGUUGUCCCCGUGUCCUGAAACUAAUGUACUCGUGCAUAAGACAUCGUGUAUAAAGGAUGACAUGUUCUUUAAUCUUCAAAAUGUUACAAACACGUUUGUAUUGUUCCUGCAAUACUUGUUCUAAACUUCUAACUCCCUUUCCAAUCAUUGAGUAACUAGAGAGAUUGUUCUACGGUUAUCAUAUAGUUAAUUUUGAGUAAGUGAUCCUGUGGUUGUUGUGAGUCUAAAGUACCUUCUGCCCUUCUGGAUCAGAACAAGCAAUGGUUGUUCUGUCACAAGGCUCUGGGUAGAUUCUGGAUUCCUUCAUACAGUUGAAACAAAGCCUACCUUAUAUUUCAAGCUCACUCAGAGGCCUAUGCUAAAUAUUUUUUUUUCAACUAUGAUGUUAAUUUAUUUUUGUUACAGGAAGAAAUUAUAUAUUUUAGUGGACCAAAUUUUGAGUUGGAGGGUAUACUCUUAAUAUAAUGAAGAACAAUAGCCUGUGUACCCAUGUACCUUUUUGGCUGAAAACAAGAUGUAUCAUUUUUGAAAAAGAAAUAUCGAAAGUGUCUAUAUUGAUUCACCUUGUAAUAAAGAGUGUCAGGCUUGUUAAAGUGAUAUGUAACAAAAGUAUAUUUUGAUUUGUAUUUGAAAAACUAAAAAUAAAAUGUAGAAUAUAUGAACUUUUCUUCCAAGUCAAUUAGACAUUCACGUAAGCUUUAGAAUCCCGAGCACAUACAUAUCUUCCAAUUUGUAAUAGCUCUGAAGCCAAUAAAACUAGUAGAGCUUGAACUACAACUGAAAGCUUUGAAAAUAGUAAUCUUUUGAAUUGCCAACUAAAUGUAGAGUGAAAGGAAAUUAAUAAGUGCAAACUUGAUCUCAAUUUAGGGAAACAUUUUAAUGAUUUUUAGUCAGCAAAUGUAGUCGAAGUUACUCUUCAAAUUAUUUCUUAAUUUGAAUUUUCUGCUGCAAAUAUUGCUUGAAGUAAAUGGUCUGCAAAUUUGCAUUUAUUUUGGAUCAAAGACUUAAUGACCAGUAACUAAAAUGAAUUUUGUAAGCAUGGACUACAUUGUUGAUACACAAAACCUUUGAAUAUUUUGAGAGCUAAUCUUUAUAAACAUGAGUCAGGAAAGAAUCUGUUUAUGAAACAAAGAUUUGUUAAAUGCUGAUGAUAAAAUUGAUGACAGGAAAUAAUUUAUUUCUAGUGUUUUUUGUAUGAUCAGAGAGUGAAAUUCUCUCAGGGUUUUUUAGAGCUAAAGGCCUUAAUAAAAUUUGAGUUUCUUGUCUUGUGGUAA